GGUCAUAGAGCAGACGGCAGGUCAUAGAGCAGACGGCAGGUCAUAGAGCAGACGGCAGGUCAUAGAGCAGACGGCAGGUCAUAGAGCAGACGGCAGGUCAUACAGCAGACGGCAGGUCAUACAGCAGACGGCAGGUCAUAGAGCAGACGGCAGGUCAUAGAGCAGACGGCAGGUCAUAGAGCAGACGGCAGGUCAUAGAGCAGACGGCAGGAUUAGGGAGGACUAUGGGGAGCUCAAAGGACGGACAAGCUGAGACCAGCUCCACCAAUGAACGCAUGUGUCUAAGGCCAGACAAGAAGAGGUCACGUGUUUACCUUAUAAGGAGCAAGAUGGCGCUCACAUUACUGACUCGAGUGGUGUUCAUCCUCCUGACCUUGACGUGUGCCGGGGUGAUCACCACGUCCAUCUGGCUGAUGUUGAACUGCCGGCAGAGCUUCACCACCGUCCGCCCCAUGAUGCCCGACCACGCCCUCUUCUGCACCAACAUGGGCAUGCCCGCACUCUUCGCCUGCUGCACCCUCCUCUUCACGGUCUUCGGGCUGGGCUGCACGGGGCGCCGCCUGACGGGGUACGCCCUGAUCAUCAUCAGCUCCGUGGAGAUUCUCCAGAGCAUCACGACCUUGGCCUUCUACAAGUGCAACACCGUCGCCCACCACGACAUCAUCGAGGCCGUCAACUCCAGCCUCGUCUCCUGCCACAAGCCCAUAGGCUUCAGCACGCCCUUGUUUGUCACCACCAACACAACCAACGCCCUCCUCAACCCCCGGAUAAAUUACAGCAAACGAUUUCAACUAUUUACCGAAAUGAACUCCUCACAAUUAAAUUUCCACGACCUUCCAUAUUCUACUUCUCAACACAAGAUAAUCCUCCCGACAUUGAAGCGUUCAACCAAAGACACCCUCAGCUAUUUUAACAACAAAGCCCCUUCCGGGACGAGAACAAAGCCCUCGAGAAAACGCCCCCUGUACGGGGACACCCCUCGCCGAGUCUCCACCAGCGCGCUGUGUCAGCUCACCAGCGACUUCUUCACACAGCUCACCCUCAAGCUCAGCCCCCACGACUUCAACGAAUGCGUCGAAGUCUGCCACACCUACCAGGCUGUAUGCCAGCUGCCCACCCCGCCGGCGCCCAGCUGGUCACGUGACCGCAGCCCGCGGGAACAGUUCGACACGGAAGUCCUGGAGUGCGGGAACACGGUCAAGGCGCAUGUCAACAACCUGUGCUUCUACAACGACCAGAUCAUCCUCCCGCUCUCCAUCUGCGCGCCCAUUCUCUACAUCAUCUUCUCCUUGUCUUUCAUCUACUUCUGCUACUGCGACCGGCACCUCAAGGACGCCCCACCCACCCAGGCGCCGGACAGCGAGCCGAGGAAGUCCUGGAGCUGGCGGAAGCUGCCGUGUUUCACGGGGGAGGACUACACGCCGCCGUGCGACUGCGGCACCAAGCUGGCCCGGUGGCCGGGCACGUGCACGCACGGCACGUUCUCCACCACGCUCGACUGCUCACGCUCCACGCACGAGCUCCUGCAGCUUAAGUCCCUGCCCCACGCCGGCACGUCACGUGACACGCUGGCCUCCAUACUGACCGAUGAGCCAUCCGUCACCCGCUGAUUGGCUCAUGAGCCACACGUAGU